GUCAGCGUCCUGCCUCCAAAUGCAACCGGAGUUCAGCUUCUUGUGUUAUGAAAGCUGCAGAGUGAAAUGUUGGAUAACUACUGUUUCCCUGCCCUGAACCAACACCAUGUGGAGAUCUGAGGGACUUCUGCCCGUCUAGUUUUUCCCGAAAACAUCUAAAAUUUAAGGAGAGAGUGAUUUUUACUCAGAAAAGUGUGAGAAAAGACAGAAAGAGAGGAUGGCAAAGCGGAGAGAGAGUGCAGAGACAGAGGCCGAUACAAAGAAACUGAAGCAGGUGCUGAAGGCAAAGAGCAACGGAGCAAAAGCGAGAGCGAAGAAGAAAGAUGCAGGUAAUAGCAUCAUGGAGGAAGAGGAGAACGUCAAGAGGAAGGUCAAACCCAAACCACGUUCCUCCACGAAACGAGCAGCAGGGAACGUCUCUUCCACCCCAUCCACACCUACCACCGCUGUCAAAACCAGUAAGUACUUCCAGUCGCCAGUGACGGAGGAGGACAGUGAAGAUGACUUUGACAUGGUGACAUCACCAGCACGCGUGGUUAUGUUGAACGCCAAGAAAACAGAGAAGGAAGUAGAGGAGGAGCAGGACAGUGAAGAUGACUUUGAGAUGGUGACAUCACCAGCACGUGUGGUUAUGGUGAAAGCCAAGCAAACAAAGAAGGAAGAAAGGGAGGAGGAGGAGGAGGAGGAGGAGGACAGUGAGGACGACGAGGAUGACUGGGAGGAAGUGGAAGAGCUUUCUGAGCCGCCGGGUCCAGUUGAACCACCAGAACCCGUCCUGCCCUCUCAGCCAGUUGAGAUCGAGAUCGAGACUCCUGAGGUCAGGAAAAGAAAAAAGAGGCAGGCAGAGUUUGAGACGUAUCUGAGGCGGAUGAUGAACCGAUACAAGAAGGAUGUGCUGAUAGAUACACAUAAGGUCCACCUGAUGUGCCUGAUAGCCAGUGGGAUGUUCCGCAGCCGUCUGUGCAGUGAACCCGACCUGCUGGCCAUCACUCUUUCGCUGCUGCCCUCCCACUACAGCAUGGUCGCCAAGGAACGCAUUGACCAAAACUACCUCUCUGGUCUGCUCAAAUGGUUUAAAGCAACGUUCACCCUCAACCCCAGUCUUCCCUGUGAGGAGCGUCCGGAUCCCCGGGCUCUGCUGGAGAGACGGCUCGCCAGUCUGUCAGCUAGAAACCACCAGGAGAUGACUCAUCUGUUCCUGUUGGUCCUGAGGUCUCUGAUGCUCUUUUGCAGAUUGGUUCUUUCUUUGCAGCCGAUUCCUCUCAAACCCCCAUCAGCCAAGGGUAAAGGGGCUAAAACAUCUCCUGGUGCCCCGAAAAAGAGCAGUACAAGCCAAGAAACCUCAAAGACCACCUCCUCUAAGCCGAAGGUCUCCUCUGGCACCAAAAGACCAGCUGGAGAGGGGAAGGUAAAGGGCGACCGAGGAGGAAAGAAAGCAAAGAAGAAAGAGAUAAAGGAGGAGGAUGAGGAGGAGGAAAAGGCUUUGACAUCAGGAGGACAGAGACCGAAGAACUCUAAACGUCGCAGCAUCGCCUCAAAAGUCAGCUACAAGGAAGAAAGUAACAGCGAAGGGGAACAGGAGGAGGAGGGGCUUAGUGAUGAGGAGUUUCAGGCGACAAGCGAGGAGGACAGUGAGGAUUCAGAGGGAGGGGCUAAAUCCACCAAGGGGAAGAAGGGGAAAGGGAAGAGCAAGAACACUGCAGCUUCGAAGAGGAGGAGCAGUGGAGGGAAGAAACAGUUGAAAGACGAGGAGGGCAAAGAGCAAGAGGAAGAUGAUGAGGAAGAAGUAACAACAAGCAACACAACAAAGCGGGGUGGUAAAAAGAAGGAGGGGCCUGGGGCGGACGAGUGGUUGGAGGUGUAUCUGGAGAAAACUUCGUCCUGGGUUUGCGUAGAUGUGGAGCACGGUGUUGGGAUGCCUCAUCUCUGCUCCAAGAAUGCAACAGCUCCAGUGACGUACGUGGUGUCAGUGGAUGGUGACGGCUUUGUGAAGGACCUGGGGAGAAAGUACGACCCCACCUGGUUGACAUCGACCAGGAAGAGGCGGGUGGAUGAGGAUUGGUGGGAGGAAACGCUUGAGCCGUUACUGGGGCCCGAGGAUGAGAGGGACAGAAGGGAGGACAAAGAGCUCCAGAAGAAGCUGCUGAGCAAACCCUUGCCGAUCUCAAUAACAGAGUAUAAGAACCACCCGCUGUACGCCUUAAAGAGACACCUGCUUAAAUAUGAAGCCAUCUACCCUCAGACAGCCACUAUACUGGGAUACUGCAGGGGAGAGGCGGUGUACUCCAGGGAUUGUGUGCACACCCUGCACUCCAGAGACACCUGGCUGAAAGAGGCACGGACUGUCAGGAUAGGAGAGGAGCCGUAUAAGAUGGUGAAGGGCUUCUCAAACCGUUCCCGUAAAGCCAGGAUGGCAUCUGAGCAGAAGGAUGAGAAAGACCUGGCUCUGUUUGGAGAGUGGCAGACUGAAGAGUAUCAGCCGCCCAUAGCUGUGGAUGGGAAGGUUCCCCGAAACGACUAUGGUAACGUCUACCUGUUUAAGCCCUGUAUGUUACCGGUGGGCUGUGUUCACCUCAGGCUGUCUAACCUUAACCGCGUGGCCAGGAAGCUGAGCGUGGACGCCGCCCCUGCGGUCACGGGGUUUGACUUCCAUGGAGGAUACUCGCAUGCUGUGACUGAUGGUUACAUUGUGUGUGAGGAGCAUGAAGAGAUUCUCAGAGCAGCCUGGGUGGAAGAACAAGAGCUCCAGAAACAGAGGGAGAGAGAGAAAAAAGAGAAGAGAGCGCUCUCCAACUGGACUCUGCUGGUGAAGGGGCUCCUGAUCAAAGAAAGACUUAAGCAGCGUUAUGGAAAGAAGAACCAUGGACUCGCUCAUGGAGAGGAGACCGGCGGGUUUUCGUCAGAUGAGGAGAGGGUUGAGGGCGAAAGUUCUUCAGAUAAGACGGCAGCUGAGACUUUGGCCAUGUCCUGGCCCCAGAACAGACAAGCAGAGGAGGAUGGAGGGAGCAUCAGUGGACUGAAGAAGAAGACGACGACAAAACGUGAAAAGAGAGGACAAGAGAAACAUAUGUUCCCUUUUGAGAAAGUGUGAUGCAGGAGAUCCAAAACCCCCAAGUUAAGUUAAAGUAAGACUGAUUCCACUCUGCUCUCAAAAAGAAUUUGACUGACUGACUCCUGAUAUUUAAUUUGGCAGCUGUUCGCAUACCUUGAAAGCAGCAUAAAGUGUGCCACAGGAGAAAAAAAUUUGGAAUCAGUUUUUGUAAGUCUGGUCAAGAAGAGGAAGGAGAGGAAUGUUUAGUAGUGAACAGAUCUGCAGAUCGAUCUGUUUCUCCCAGCGGUGAUAAUACAUGCAUUAAACCUGCUGUCUCCACCAUCACUGUGCACACUCCCAUUAGCUCAUGCACUGUAAUGUUAGCUUUUUAUAUGAGCGCUCAGUAUAAAUGCAGUACAUGCCAGAGGGAAAAAAUGCACAAGGUGAUGAAUAUCAAAUCCAGCAAGUUGACACUCAUGCCGAAAAUUGUUAUCAGGUUCCCUUGGCGACAACUCAACAUGAAUGUGAAAACAGGGGAGUGUCCUUAUUAUACCAGUGCGUAACGAUGCACUGCUGUGGUACACUCAGCUCUCUUCCAAGUAUUCAGCGGGUCUGCUCCAAAACUCGAUCAGCACAGUGCUGGUUUGAGCCUGCUGGGCAUGAUUUCCCUCUCAGUUCAGCACACAAAACUGCAUUUACAGCUUUUGCCAACUUGAAUUGAUGGCUUGUGUGUCAAGUGAACACAAUAGUCCAUGUACCAACAACACUACAAACAAUACAGGCCAAUAAUUAUAUUUCCUCUGGCUUGUAGUGGCACCACUACCGGCUACUGUUUCACUUCAUCUCAGUCCAUACAAGCGUGUUUCCCCAACCCUGCCACCAUGUGACGAACUGGACCACAGCCAUUGUCGCUGGCUGGACUGUACACUAUGUAACCUGACACAAUGAAAACAGGAACUUGUACUGUUGCUGUUAAGUGAAAACCCUUGUAUCUCCCAGUUGUCACGUUUUCAGGAGUGAGCACAAACAGCCGUGAAGCUCUGCUGCUGUGCACUUUUGAGUUGAUGUAAAUGUUCUGACACAGAUAGGCAGAAGCACACAUGGAGCAGUGACUCUUUUCUUGAGGAUUAAGCAUGAAAAUCACAGUAAUUAAGAAGUUAAAUGAUUUCUUCGCUCACAUGCUCUCUAUCUUCAUUCUCACAAAUACUGUACUUCCUCUUUUUGUCUGUUUCCUUGUUAGGCUGCUGCAUCCCCAAAAGUUCACUUGUUUCUGCUGUAUUCUGUAUCAGCCCUCACAUUCAGCCUCUUGCUCAGCUCUUUCACACUUUGCUCACUGUUUCACACCUUGUGUCUCUACAUGUGUUUGUACACCUCAGAUCAUGGUUGUAUUUCAAAUAAUAAACCGUUUUUGUAUAAAAAAAAUAUUUUUCUAAGAAAUGUUGAAAUAACAGUAAAAAGCAAAA